UCGUCCUAUCGCGAAUAAGUCGUCGGUUUUCAUUGACUUUUGCAUCUUUGUUAGCUUUUCCGUCUACACCAACUUCUUUACUCCCCGCAUCCAAAUACUUGCACGCUUUGACUACACAGGUUGCUGCACUGCUUACAACUAGCAUCUAUCACGCAUUGUCCAUUGUCCAACACCUUCACAAUGUCUUCCGCAUCUCGCUUCUCCAGCCAGAACAAUCGUGGCUCACGUAGUAGUCCUCGUCUGUCUGGACAACGCGGUCCACGCAGCAGUCCGCGCCUCUCAGGCCAGGAGUCUACUCCAGGCAUGUCCAUGCCUUCAAGACGGUCUAGUAGCAAGACUCCGACAGCUUCACAAUCAAUCGCAAAGCGCGUCAUUCCAGUACCACCUGACCCGAACCCUAUUGCCACUACACAACGGACAACACGAAAAGCUCCUACAAAGGCAACUGCUUCAUCGGCGGCGUCCAUGUCAUGCUCACCCCCUCCUCAAACAUCUGCCAAAUCAACAAGGCUGGGAGAAAGCAGUACCUAUCCGGUCAACCUAACCCAAACUGCAGUGCCGUCCAGGAAGCUACCGCCCAUCCAAAAGAAGAGAACAUCAUCCCAAGCUAACAAUGGCUCAUUCCCCAGCAGUUCGAAGAGAGCCAGGCUCCCCAGCAUUGCUGAAGAUGCGCCAACUGAUCUCGUUGAUGGACUUAAGCCUGCUAUUCGCAACAUGGUCUUGUACGGUUCCAACAGACCUUCCACGAGACAACAUCCCGGCACGCUACAACAUGACACCGGCAGCAACGACGACGACAUGACCGAUGUCACAGAUUCGAGCAUCCGCGUUUCCAUCGAGACCGGUCUACCCAUGACAAAUUCAGUGUUUGUCAAGGCAAAAGGGGAUGACGAGCUGCCUGAGGGACCUGGGUCUAGCGCUGGAUCAGUUGAUUCUGCGACGACAGAUGCCUCGAAGAUCCGCGGUACCUCCAAGACUGUCACCCGGACAGAGACGUUUGAUCCAUUUGGAGCAUCUGCUAGCUUACAGGCAGUCCACGGGAACAGCACUGAUGCUCCUACGUCGAUUCAAGAACGUGCUUUGUCGCAACCGCCUCCUGGGCAAAGAGAUGAAUCGUUGUCGCAGCGCUUCUCCAAGACCCCUGCCGCACUCUCGAGCACACUUGAUACUCGUACACCAGAACCGGGCACAAUCUCCCGCGCUCCCGAUCACCGGAUUAGUGAACCUCGAUCCACUCGAGCGCGAAUGUUGGCCCGAUUGCCUGCUGCGGCUUUUUCAGUUGUUAGUGGGAUGAUCUCCAGUCCCAAUGGCAGCAAGCCUAAGUCAUCCAACACUGAUUCGUCACUUCGGAACGUUAUGCCGCCUGCAUACGUGACUCCCCAGGGCCAGUCGUCUCCUCCAGGAUCUUCAGGGCCGAGUCAUGUCAAGCGAAAUAAGCGUCGAAGACGAAACUACGACUCUGGAAGCGAGGACGAUAUCACUCUUUCCAAGGGAAAAGAAAGGGCAGUGAUGUCACCAAUAGCAAAGCCCAAUCACAAACAUACCACGGCCGAACAUGAAGCCACACUCUCGCGGUUGAGGCGCACAAUUGCGGAACGAAAUGCCGUCAUUGCCAGUCAAAAGCACACUAUCAGUGCUUCGAAGAACCAAAUCAGUCUCCUGCAGUCAUCUUCCCAACCAGCGCCCCAGCUUGGACAUGCUUCCCAGACUGGUUCAGAAGCGCGCGAGCUUGUAAACUAUCAAGACAUCUGUCUCGAGUUGCGCUCUACUAACCAGCUCCUCCAGUCACAGCUUGCGUCUGCGUCUGCACAGCUGGCGUUGACUUGUUCACAGUAUCAGGCGCAGCUGCAGGCUUACCAGGCCCAGUUGCAAACUCAACAGGACCUGCUCCGGAACCAACAAGCCGAGACAACUCGCCGAGACUCAAAAAUCGAGGUCAUCAAGUCCAACCAUUGGCGGGAAAUAACACAAGCGGAGGAGAAGAGACAGAGGUUGUCUGAGCAGCUGGACGAGGAAAAGUUCCUUAGAGCCAGAGAGGUUGAGGCGUUGAGGAAGCAGGUGGAGGCCGGAGUUCUGGAGAAUCUAGUCAUGCAGCGUUCGAUAGCGCCACCACAACCACAACCAGAGUCUGACCAUGCACGGAGCACUGGAGCGAGUGAUCGCAGUACCAACCGAGGACGCCACCACAGUACUAAUGGACGAGCCAAUGGUAAUUUCGACAAAGAACGCGUUACGACAUCGCCGAAACAUGUAUUCGACGCUGACCAGGUGCCCGGCAGCUGGCCGGUAGAUCCCGUCUCUGGACCGAGUUCGACUCACCUGGACAUCGGUCAUGGAGAAGACGAUGACUUCCAUUCCGAUACUAGCCUCCGCAAACAAGAUCGUCCAUUCAACUUGAAUGCCAGCCGUGCCCAAGGUCGCCAGUCCGAUCCGACCACUGCUCAUGGAAAGGGUUGUGAUUCCGAUUCAGACAUCGGUUUAGGACAUGAUCGUGUGGUUGCGGUGGAUAACAAGCAUGAAAAGGUUCGUGAAUGUGAGGACCGCCCUUCCCAUUUGGACGCCAAUCACGAACAGGAUCGCCCUUCCCACUUGGACACCAGUCACGAACAGGAUCGCCCUUCCCACUUGGACACCAGUCACGAACAGGGUCGCCCUUCCCACUUGGACACCAGUCACGAACAGGGUCGCCCUUCCCACUUGGACACCAGUCACGAACAGGGUCGCCCUUCGAACUCGAAUACCCGUCAAGAGGGCCAUCCUUCCAACUCAACUAUUAAUCAUCGCCAACACGAUGGACUUGGGCUGGCCAUCUCGCCUACUGAACUCCAGUCUACCUCAGAUCUCGCUCCUAAGGAUCACCUCACCGACUCACUUAAGGCCACAUCCAAGGUCUUGUCCUCACCUGAACAAGGAAAGCAUAUCAUCUCUGCGAGGAAGUCUCAAUCCGCUCAACACGACCCAACGUCGUCGACCAAGGACAAGAGCAACCCACGCAAAGUGCAGAACAUUCCAAUCCCCUCAUCCAAGCAAAAGGAGGACACCAUGCCUACAACUAUAUCUGAUACCGCUCAACUUGACUCCACAUCAUCCACGAAGCCGGACCACAAACAACGCAACGGGAAAGACACUCCCACUCCCCAACCCAGGCAAGACCUAGACACGAUCUCCGCAGGCGAGUCUCAAUCCGCUCGACAUGAUCUGAGUUCGUCGGCAACGGAGACCAAGUCCAACCCGCUUUCUCAGCAAGAUACAGCAAGCUUCCAGCCGCUGGCUGAGCGUGUAAAAGGACGACAUGAUGUGGCAGAUUCUCUGUUACCAGCCCUCCAACUGCAGGCUCCAAUCAAUACGGUUCGUCGUACAAUUCAGCCAAGAGAUAAUCGUACUGAAUCGGAAACUCGUCAUGACAUCUCAGACAAUCAUACUCACAUGCCGAACAAUCACCUUGAGAUGACUGGCGGGGAUCUUGCCAGUAGACCUUUGGAUGAAGCCCAGCACGGAUCGGAACAAGCACAGAGUCAUUCAUUGGCCAAGUCCCAGCCGACACCGUUGACACGACCAAAUUUUGCGGACAGCGGCUUUAGGAGUACAGAGUCUGGUAGUGCAAGCUAUGUUCCCUCUUUCACAGCCACCAAGGCUGAGCUCCAUCUUGCUUCUCAAUCUGGAAAGCGGCUUUCAGAUGCCACAGGAUCCCUCCAGAGCAACGGUUUGAAGGACUCAGAACAGGCACAACUUUCACCUCCACAUCCGGCAGGUUCUGAUCCAUUGCGAUCAGCGUCACCAGACUAUCCAGAACAGCUGCCUCGGAUGAGAGUGAAGGAUGAGGUUACUCCUACCAUUGCGCCAACUCACGAAUCUGAACUACCUUCUUCGACGCCGAUCCCUACCCCAGCUUGCGAGCCAAAGCCGUCUUCCGAGUCUGCCGCGCCCUCCGCUGAACUUGAGCCGUCUUCGAAGCCUGUCUACGAUUCCACUCCCACUCUCACUCUCAAGCCACAGUCAGAGCUGAAAUCGGCCCCGUCGCCACGCUCAGUGACACCAGUGACGCUGACGGAGGGAGGGGCUCACAGCAUUCGUUCACAGCCGUCACCGACUGCAGCCCGCACAUCGUUUGUGCCGCCAUCUCACGAGCCAACAGAAGCAGAUGUGCGGCCAGUUACAAAAGCAUCUUCUACUUUCACCAACAAACACAAGGAGCCGUCGUCGAUAAUCGGAAACGCGACACCUCUGCCACUCCCCGAGAACAAUGUUCGGAUACUUGAGGAGUCGGUAACAUCUGGGGGUCAUACCGAGGAGGUAUACACAGUCUCAACCUUUCUUAAAGGCGAUCCCAAGGGUGUAGACGGUGAGGUGGUUUCAGAGUUAGGUACAGGCGCUCACAAGGAGGACUUGACUUCCCACUCUGUACAUGAAUCACAGCGAGGCUUCCGGGGGGUCGACUUGAGUGAGCACACUUCAGAUGAAUUACAACAAGGCUUCCGGGGGGUCGACCUGAUGAGUACGCUUCAGAUGAAUUACAACAAGGCUUCCGGGGGGUCAACCUGAGUGAGUACGCUUCAGAUGAAUUACAACAAGGCUUCCGGGGGGUUGACCUGAAUGAGCACACUUCAGAUGAGGGCACCGACGACGGCGUGUAAUAUAGUAAGCAGAGCAGCUUCUUUCUGGGCCACGGCACGGCAGGGGCCAACUGACACAUCUCAGGCCAUGGUCAUACGCUCGGCC